AUGGUCAACUCACAGACGAAACUUUUAUUCCAACAGUUGUUGAAUCAUCGCAAUGAUAAACUUAAGGCAACAGAUUUGAACGGACAUCUUACGACAGAUGUACAUAUCCAGUUCAAACACUUCAUUGCUCUUGAGAAAGGUCAGCUUGCUCCUGAAACUCAACACAGCCAGUCCUUGGUCCAUGGUUUUGCAAAAUACCCACGGUUCGAUAUCAUAAUUGGACGCAUGUUCAUUCAAAUUUCUGUAAGCUCUUUCGAUCAGCAUAACAAAGAUUCUGCAGAGAUCACCAAAAGCCUUUGA